AUGACGCCGCAGGAGAUCUUGGCUAACUUCGGUGGCCGGCCACGGUUGGCGCGCAUGAGGCAGCUCUUCGAGGAGCUCACAAAGAUGGGUUGCGAGCUGUUCAUUGUAUCCAUUGGCUUCCGGGACACCUGCAUCCUACCGCACCUCCAGGCCGUGGGACUCGAGCAGUUUUUCAAGCCUGAGAAUGUGUUUGGACAAGAUUCCAGAGCAUUGCAGGAGCGUGGCUUCGUGAAAGGAAGGCCCCUACCCCGCUUACCCGCUUCGGUGGUGGGUCCCUGGUCAUCUCGCCAACGGCACCCACAUUCCAGCAAUCCCGAGCAUGCACCUUUGAGGGCAGAGACCGACUCUGAAGCAAACUGGGCUUCUGGCGCAAAGGAGUUUGGAGCUCCUGAGACGUACGGAGUCCGCUCAAAUGACACAGAAAUUGAACCCUGUGCAAGCUUCAGGCUUCGGUGUCCACAAACUUUGUGA